GAUCAGAUGCUGAAAUUCAGCUUGUUUUCUGCUUCCACCAAACAGAGAGAGAGAGAGAGGAAAAACAACUCUGAAUAAGAAGAUUUUGAAUAGGCAGAACAGAAGUAAGUGAUGCAGUGAGCUGAGAAACCACAUUGAGCCCUUUCAAUUUGACGCUGAAAGCAGCCGCAGUAGCAUACAGAGUGAGCAGAAACAAUGUCGUGUUCUCCUGAGAAACCAAAUGGUAACUCUCCAUUGAAGCUGUGGAUCAAGAACAAGAAAGUUCUCAACAAUGUCUUAUUUACAAUGCGCCUCCAAUCUCUUACCAAACAGCCCCAAACCCCUUCUCUAAUGACCCCGCGACCACACAAGACCGAAGGCUUCACUUUCCCUGAACUUGUCUCUGAUAAAACCUCACUCCUUCCUGAUGAAAUACUUCUCCAAAUCCUCUCAAAGCUUCCUGAUUCACAGAGGAAUUUCAAUUCCCUCGUAUCCAAAAGGUGGCUGAAUCUUCAAGGCCGACUUGUAAAGUCUGUAAAGCUUCUUGAUUGGAACUUUCUUGUAUCGAGUCGCUUAUUUGUCAGAUUCCCAAAUCUUGUUCAUGUUGAUUUAGUUGAAGGGUCUCUAACGUCGCCCCGAAAUUCGGGUAUUUUAUGCACUCACAAGGUUGCAUCUUUUUGUGUCGACACUGAUACUGAGCCCAAAGGCUCUCUUGCUUGUGAAAGAUUUAUGCUACAUAUCGAUGAAAUUGACCUGGGCUUGAGGAAUUUAGCUAAUGGAUGUCCAAAUUUGAGAAGGCUUGUGGUGCUGAAUGCUAGUGAGAUGGGGCUGUUGAGUGUGGCUGAGGAGUGUCCUACCCUCCAAGAAUUGGAGUUGCAUAGGUGUAAUGAUCAGGUUCUUCGCGGGAUUGCAGCAUUUCAGAAUUUACAGAUAUUGAGAUUGAUUGCAAAUAUCGAUGGUUUUUAUAGCUCAGUGGUUUCAGAUGUGGGGCUGACUAUUUUGGCGCAAGGUUGUAAGAGGUUGGUCAAGCUGGAGUUAAAUGGAUGCCAGGGGAGCUAUGACGGGAUUCGAGCUAUUGGACAGUGUUGUCAAAUGCUUGAAGAGUUGACUUUUUGUGAUCAUAAGAUGGAGGAUGGAUGGUUAGCAGCUCUUUCUUAUUGUGAGAAUUUAAAGACUUUGAGGUUUUUAUCUUGUAAGACUAUUGAUCUGAAUCCAGGGCCUCAUGAACAUCUGGGAUCUUGUCCAACACUCGAAAGGUUGCACUUCGAGAAAUGUCAGUUGCGGGAUAAGCAGAGUGUCAGGGCAUUGUUUGUUGUCUGUCAAGGAGUGAAGGAUAUUAUUUUCAAAAACUGUUGGGGCUUGAACAAUGAUAUUUUCAGCAUUACAACUGAUCUGAGGAGUGUGAAGUUGCUGUCUUUGGAAGGUUGUCCGGUGCUAACAGCAGCUGGUCUAGAGUUGGUGGUUAUUUCCUGGAUGGAGAUUCAGAGUCUUAGAGUAAUAUCGUGUAACAAAAUAAAGGAUACUGAGAUAUCUCCUGUGCUUUCGUAUUUGUUUUCUACUUUGAAAGAUCUGCAGUGGAGACCAGAUACAAAAUCUCUUCUUUCAGCUAAUCUUGUAGGGAGUGGAAUGGGAAAAAGGGGUGCCAAAUUUUUUAAGAGGACGUGUGACUGGAAGGCAAUUCCUGGUGCUUAGCGUUAAUGACAUUAAACAACUUGGGCUCCUGUCAUCCUGUUGUACUAACGAAAUUUCUCAUCCAUUUGUAUGUUUAUCAUUGCUUUCUUAUGCAGAAGACGUGACAGGUGGUUGUAAACAUGUAAAGACACUAUUUGUAAAGACAGGUUGUACCGGGGAAGCUUAUUCCCUUUUUGUACAAUGUUGUUGAAAGCCACCAUUAUGCAGCUGCUUCAACUCGGCAAGCAAUCGCAACAGGUUUAGAAGUGCUUGUACCUUCUUAGUAUGAACUUUUUCGCUGUUUUGUAUUUUAUAGCUUAUUCCCCUCUGUAUAAUAUGUUAUCCAAUUUCAAUACUACCAUUAUGCAGACGGUUCAGCUUAACAGUCCCAACAAGUGUGAGGUUGCUUGUGCCUUCUUACUUAGUACUGCAUAAACUUUUUCCUUGUUUUGUAGACUGCGACUUGUAUGAAUUGCUAAUAAGUUGGAUUUA